UCACUGCAGGGCGGAUUCCGGGAGGUGCUACGUCUGAGGCUGCGCGUCGCUAGGGGUUCCCACGGUCUUGCCGUCGCAGUCGCCGCCGCCGCCGUGGUCACCCGCCGCAGGUGUCUGCGUGGAAUGCACACAAUGAUUUGGGAAGCAGCCUUGUUGCUCAGCUUGACGCUGGGAACUGCUGCUGUGCCCGUGGACGAUCCUGAGGACGGAGGCAAACACUGGGUGGUCAUUGUCGCAGGCUCAAAUGGCUGGUUUAAUUAUAGGCACCAGGCUGAUGCGUGCCACGCCUACCAGAUUGUCCACCGCAAUGGGAUUCCUGACGAGCAGAUCGUUGUGAUGAUGUACGAUGACAUUGCCAACGCCGAAGACAACCCCACGCCCGGAGUCGUGAUCAACCGGCCCAACGGCACGGACGUGUACGAGGGGGUCCUGAAGGACUACACCGGGGAGGACGUCACACCGCAGAAUUUCCUUGCUGUGUUGAGAGGUGAUGCGGAAGCAGUGAAGGGCAGAGGAUCCGGAAAGGUCUUGAAGAGUGGCCCCCGGGAUCACGUGUUCGUUUACUUCACGGACCACGGAGCUCCGGGAAUACUGGCUUUUCCCAACGAUGACCUUCAUGUGAAGGACCUGAAUGAGACCAUCCGUUACAUGUACAAACACAAAAAGUACCAAAAGAUGGUGUUCUACAUCGAGGCCUGUGAGUCUGGGUCCAUGAUGAGACACCUGCCCAACGACAUCAACGUUUACGCAACUACUGCUGCCAAUCCAGACGAGUCAUCCUACGCCUGUUACUAUGACGAGGAGAGGUCCACCUACCUGGGGGACUGGUACAGCGUCAACUGGAUGGAAGACUCGGAUGUGGAGGACUUGACCAAAGAGACUCUUCACAAGCAGUACCAGCUGGUGAAAUCCCACACCAACACCAGCCACGUCAUGCAGUACGGAAACAAGUCGAUCUCUACCAUGAAGCUGAUGCAGUUUCAGGGGAUGAAACACAAAGCCAGUUCUCCUGUCUCGCUGCCUCCAGUCCAGCACCUUGACCUCACUCCAAGCCCUGAGGUGCCCCUCAUGAUCAUGAAAAGGAAGCUGAUGUCCACCAAUGAUCUGCAGGAGUCCAGGCGUCUGAUCGAGGCGAUCCACAGGCACCUGGAGAGCAGGAAUGUCAUCGAGAAGUCGGUGCGGAAGAUCGUGUACUUGGUCACGGGGUCCGAUGACGAGGCGGAGAGGCUCCUGUCCGCAAGAGCCCCGCUCACGGCGCUCGGCUGCUACAAGGACGCCGCGACGCACUUCCGCACACACUGCUUCAACUGGCACUCCUCCACGUACGAGUACGCUCUGCGACACCUGUAUGUGCUGGUCAACCUCUGCGAGGAGCCCUAUCCGAUUGACAGAAUAAAAUCAUCGAUGGACCAGGUGUGCCUUGGUUACUACUGAAGAGCCUCCUUCCUGCUGCUUUUCCAAGUGUGAACACUGUCCCUGGGAAUGUGUGCAAAUCCAAGGGGAUGGAGCAAGGGAGCGGCCUGGGCUGCACUCCAGGCUUUGCCCAGAGGCCUUUGCUCGCCUUUCUCUACC